CUUCCUUCAUGUCACAGGACAAGAGUUAGCUGCAGAUACGCGCAGGACUUUUCAAACCUCAUUCUUUACCCGCCAUUCCGACUCCUCCGAAUUGUUCAUUCACGCUCUUUCACAAACCAUGCCAGAGAUCCUUAAUGUCUCUAUGUCCCAAAGGGCAAACCAUCUCACGACCCACUUCUACAACGCGCAGGACAGCUACCUCGACUAUGUGAACGGCGCCGCAAAGUCCAAAGUUGAUCCCAAUGUGUUUUUCAACCCCACACCGUCCUGGGACAACCGCUCGAUCACGUUCAAUCCGCGAGCCAUGCUCUUUGACCUAUCGGGCGGGUUUGGCUCGCUUGGCCAAUACGAGUACUACCUGGCGAUGGAGGCGGCGCAGCAUCACGACGACGCCAGCCCUCAGGAUCGCCUUUCCCAAACGGUUGAAAUUGUGAGACAAGAACGGAUUCCCAAGAGCGAAUACCUGCAGGCAUUAGAUACUUUUCAGCCAACUCCGGAACUUACCACGGAAAACACCACGUAUUGGUCCGAUUACGCCCGCAUCAUCUACGAACCAAAGUCCUUCAACUGCGUGGAUAACUGGGAGUACCAUCCGAAAGAAUACCCUGGUGGGCGACUUAGGGCUGGUGCUUCUAAGACGUUUCUGGACUACCUCGUGGGGGUGGAUGAAUGGAAGGGGCGCGAAAGGGUGGUGCACUUCAUGGACGACACCUUCCGGGUGUUUUUAGAGAAAAGCGACCAACUCGACGGGCUCAACUUGAUGUCUGAGGUGGAUACGGCGUGGGGCGGAAUGGCUGGAGAGUUUAUCACCGACAUGAGAGACGAAUUUAUUCCAAAAACCAGCGUUUUCACCUGGGGCUUGCACUCCCCACAACCCACGGGCUUGACUCCGCAGGGGACUCUUUCACGUGUUAGAGCUUCCCUCGCCCUCAUAAACUCCUCAUCCUUAUACAUCCCACUAUCCGACCCAACCAGUCUUCCGGAAGGUCUCAGUGUCACACCUACGUCACUCUGGAACACAACCGCACUUCAGAUGCUUCCAGUAGACGCUGUGGGGGUGUUACUGGCGCAACGCGCAAAUCGCGUGUCGAUGACGGAGCUCGAACUCGGGGUCACCAUGGGGUCGAAGAGAAACAUUGUAGCUGAAACCAAGGGAAAGGUAGCUGGAGAAAUGAACUACACGUUGGACUUUACUGGGGUAUCUUUCAAGCCCAGCAAGUCGAAAAACCACGUAUUUUCCAAGACGGUGGUGGUCCGAAACGCCACUUCACUCACCAGUGAGGAGUUUGAUGCGGAAUAUGAGACCCAGUUGCAAGACUUUGGUCACUAUACAGAGCUUCUUGAAAAGGGCACCGAGCUCAGGGGCCUUGUGCACCACAAAUCGCUCAUUCCGUUCGCCACCCCUGACUCCUUCCCCAAGGGGAUCUUAGGCGAGCAGACUCCCGUCACCUGUGCCUCCAUGGCGGUCGCCACUAGCACCCGUGCCUCCCUCCUCGAGAUGAAGACGUUUGUAUCCCGAUUCUUGCGCGGCGACGACCGCGAGUCGUUGAUCGAUGAGUUGGAGACCUUGGCAUUGGAGUACGAGCACGGCUGGAUGGAUGAUGACCUUAGUGAUGAUGACGAUUAUUAAACGGCUUGUGGCAGAGAUUGGAUUUUUCAUCAUAGGACAAUCGAGUAAUUGCGCUUUGAGUCCGAGAGCCUAAAAACAUCGGUGAGUGGAUUAAAUAUUAUGCUAGAGCAGUUUGGGAGGCAAUGCUAUAUUGGUUUCGAUCUAAGGGGGAUAUGAACUUUUUUUUACGAUUAACAAAAAAUCAAAGUAUUAUCAUAUCGGUACGGC